AUGCGAAAUGAGAUAAAGAGGCGGAAGAAGAAACGUGAUCAAAACAAGGAAAUGUUUCCACCGGAAACAAGAGGAACUCAUCCCGCCCACCAACAACGAGUAGCCGUCCAUCGUUUAAAACAAUGCACCCGCACUGUUGACGUUGACCGGGGAGCUGUCCAACCACUCGCCAGUGAUUUGUGUAUGGAUCGUAUUCCUGAUGUGGGGAAAUUUGAUAAAAAUCCGGUUCAGUCAGGUGAAUAUACUGGUGACGCGUUCCUCGAUUACAGGCCCGGCACUGCUGAAGCUCAGUUGACCCUGCCAACCAAGCUUGAUGUUUUCAUGAAGUGGCCUCACUAUUCCGUACUUUUGAAAAGCAAAUCUUCCGGCCAUUCAAAAGCAUGCGGGAGUGGUCAAAAUGGAGUUGUAUUUAACAGCCCUACCCUGCUAGAGGUGCACAUGAGGUGCACCUUAUUGUUACCAAUUCCCCCUCACAACCCAAACGAAUCUAGAUGGGACAACGACGAAUAUCGUUCUGAUGAAGUGCCCAAAGCAUAA